AUGUGUGUUACCUUUCAUGAUACAUUGCAGCAAUGUGUACGGUCCAUUUUCGUAGUAGAAAAACGAGUGAGACUCUCUGAAGUAGAAAAGGAUAGCGAUGUAAAGGAAAAUGCGACGGAAUUAAAGAUUUUUGACCAACUUAGAAGCUCUCAAAAGCGUCGCUUCGAAGUUAAUGACGAAAUAGAAUCACCGCAGAGUCCAGUACCAUCAUCACCGUCAAAGGCAAAGUGCAGGAUUUUUGGAUUCCCGACAUUAUUCUAUCCCUACAUGCCUAUUGAUCCACAGGGUCGCAUCUACAUAACCUGGCUAUUCCUUGUAACGUUCUGCUAUAGUUACAAUGCCUGGGCCAUAGUCUUAAGAGCGACCUUUCCAUACCAAACACCGAACAACCUACCAAUUUGGCUAACAGCGGAUUACAUUUGCGAUAUAUUUUAUAUACUCGACGUGGUUCUUGUGAAACCGAGGUUGAUAUUUCUACACGAUGGCUUCUGGGUUACGGAUGAAGUGGAAACUAGGAAACAUUAUAAGAAAAAAACUCAAUAUAAGUUUGACGUAAUAUCUCUCCUCCCGCUGGAUAUAUUGUACGUAUUUUUUGGUACAAAGAUGGUCAUACUGAGAUUUCCCCGACUCCUUAAACUGCAGACAUUCUGGGAGUUCCAUCAGGCAAUGGACCGAGUUCUUUCCUCGCCUUAUGUGGUACGAAUAGGAAAAACAUUGUUCUACAUUUUCUAUUUAAUUCAUCUAAACGCCUGCGCUUAUUACGCCAUAAGUGACUACAUUGGCCUCGGCUCCAAUUCUUGGGUCUACGAUAACGAAGGCAACGCGUACAUCCGGUGUUUCUACUUUGCUACUAAAACUGCUACUUCCAUAGGUAAAAAUCCAAAACCAGGCAACACAUGGGAAUAUUUAUUUAUGACAGCGGCGUGGCUGAUGGGAGUAUUCGUGUUCGCUGUGCUCAUAGGACAAAUUCGUGAUAUCAUUGCUACAGCCACGAGGCAGAAGACGGAAUAUCGUAAAAGAGUGGACGGCUGCGUGCGAUAUUUACGCAGAUUGAAUAUGCCUGCAAGUCUCCAACGACGUGUUACCUGCUGGUUCAAAUAUACCUGGACAACACAACGGUGUUUUGAUGAGGCCAGAAUCCUUAAUUCAUUACCAUACAAUAUGAAGCGUGACGUCGCACUCGAAGUCCACAUUUCCACAUUAAGUAAGGUUCAGCUAUUCCGAGACUGUUCAGCAUCUCUCCUCCGCGACCUGGUGUUGCAACUUCGACCUGUUUCCUUCCUCCCAGGGGACGUGGUCGUUAGAAAAGGAGAUGUGGGACAUCAGAUGUAUAUCAUAAAAACUGGGAAGUGCGUUGUUAUGUCUCCAGACGAGAAAGAAGUAUUAGCAACGUUAAGCGAAGGCUCUGUUUUUGGUGAAAUCAGUCUUCUUGGCAUCGACGGACUUCGGCGGCGUACUGCUACUGUUCGAUCUCGCGGCUAUUCCACUCUCUUUGCUCUCUCUCGUAACGACCUCGACACAGCCUUAAAUUAUCACAAAGAAGCUGAACAAAUCCUCAGACGUAGAGCCGAUCAAAUAAUAAGAGAGAACGCGGCCAGACAGACAAAGCAACAGAUAGCAAUAGACGCAAAAAGGGAGGACUCAGAUCUUAGAAAGAGAAGAAAGAGUGGGGGAAGUAGCGAGAGUGUGAAGAGUAGGAGAAUGAGAUCGGCGAGUGCCCUAUCGAAGCGGAAGUUGUCUAUGGUGUCUGAAGACAAGCCUCAACACGCUGACGUACGAAGUGCUUCGCCAGAUAUAAGGGAAAUGAAAAUUUCAACACCCAUUCCUACUAUUAUAUUUUCCAACGAAACGAAUUAA